UUACAAGCUGUAUUAUCAAGAAGCGCAUGAUUCAGUCAGUGUAGCGUAGUUAGCCUGCUAAUCAUAUUAACUAUGCCACUGUGAGUGUUUGGGUUCACUGUACAGACUUGAGUUGAUUGUUUUAAGAUUUGCCUGCUAACUAAAUAUUGUCAAGCGUGAAUUCUACGGGGCAUGGAGAAAGCCAAACAGGAGGCGUUUGAUAAAGCCAGGCUACAGGUCAUAAAGGAUGGCUAUGAGAAGGCCUUUGAGUGCAUAAACACGGGUCUGACUGAGGACGAGGUGGGCCAUAAGCAGCAGGCACUACAGCUGUACAGAGAGGGGCGGCAGCACCUCCUCAGGGCCAUCACCGUGCCUGCCCAGGGGGAGGAGUGCGUGGGCGAGGCCUGGGACUCCGCCCGCCAGAUGCAGCAGAAGAUGCAGGAGACCCUGAACAACAUCACCACCCGCCUGGCCGCGAUGGAGACGUCCGCUGAGCCCGAAGCGACGACAGCCAACGCGACGCCAGGGGCGGGCGCUGCUGGGGCCGCCCACCAGUCCCUCUACCCCAAACUCCCCCCCAGUGAGAAACCAGAGAGGCCAGCUCCGCCCAACGUCCUCUUGCCCAACGGCCAGCCAGUCGGAGCCGGGGGCAGGGUGUUUCCAGGAAACCAGGCGCCUCUGCCCAUCCCCGGCGACUUUCCCCCGGCCUACUCGGCCCAAGCGGCUGAGGGCCACGUCAGCAUCUCGUACGGCACAGACUCCGGGGAGAUGUCGCUGGUGGGGGAUGAGUUCUACGCCCAGAGGUCGGGCUCCAGCAGCUCCCUGCAGGAUUUGGGGGAGGACGGAGAGGUGCUGCUCCUCCUCCCUCAGGGGGUGCAGAUAUUCUUUGUUACGCCCGACGGGCAAGUCAGCGCCCCCUCUUACCCCGGGUACCUGCGCAUCGUCAAAUUCACCAGCGAGAGCCCGGCCAGCGCCCCCAACAGGCCACCGGCAUUCCUGCAGGUAUGCGACUGGCUGUACCCCCUGAUGUUCACAGACUCCCCAGUGUUGCUGUGCAACACCGGAGUGUUCAUGUUCCCUGACCUGAUGGCCCCCACGCAGGGGUCCUACGUGGGGGUGGUGCUGUCCUCUGAACUGCCUGCUUCAGAUCGGGAGCUGUUUAAGGACGUCCUCUCGCAGCUCACCGAUCUCAGAGUGCAGGCUCCAGACGGAACCGGCGACUCCAUUGAUCUGAGCCAGAAGGUUCCCCUGGUUCCCCCCCAGGAGGAGUCCCUAGUCGAGGAUGAGAAGCUCCUGCCAGAGUGGAGCGAGAAGGUGGCCCAGGGCAUCCUCUCAGGGGCUUCGUGGCUGAGCUGGGGAUUGGCGAAAGGAGCGGAGUACACUGGCAAGGCCAUCCACAUGGGGGCGUCCAAACUACGGGAGCACAUUACCCCUGAGGACACACCCACCAUCGUCAGCCCCACCGUCACCAAAGGGCUGCACGUUGCCAGGCAGGCCACUGGGGGCGCUGUCAAAGUCAGCCAGCUCCUAGUGGAAGGCGUGUGCACCGUGGCAGGACGUGUCGGCAAGCAGCUGGCGCCUCGGGUAAAGAAACACGGGGGCAAACUGAUCCCAGAGUCCCUGAAAAAGGACAAGGACGGGCGCUCCAACGUAGACGGGGCCAUGGUGGUCGCAGCCAGCGGCAUGCAAGGGAUUACAGGUGCUCGGCGUGCGAUUCUACAGCAACAACGUGGCUCAGCUUGUUGUCCCUUAGCCGUGAUUCGCGACCAUGUGGAUGAGCCUGGAGGCGGCGGCCAAGAACAUCGCCAAGAGCAUGGCCACGGAGACGGUCACGACUGUGAGGCACAAGUACGGCACGGAGGCCGGCCAAGCCACAGACAGCGCCGUGAACUCCGCCAUCAACGUAGGCGUGACCGCCUUCAACAUCGACAACCUGGGCAUGAAGGCUGUGGUGAAGAAGACGGGCAAGGAGACGGCCCAGGCCAUCCUGGAGGACUACAGGAUCCAGGACCAGCCCAAGGCCGAGAAGCAAGAAAAGAAGCCAGGAAGAAAGCCCAAAUAGCCCGGCGUGAUCGGACCUAGAGUUUAACUCCUCUAUACUUCUCCUUAGAGCCUUAAUACAUUUGUCUGUGUAAAGGAACUAUCUAUAUUUAAAUGCUUUAUGUUUUAGUAUUAAUACUGUGUGCACUGUCUGGCAGUCAUAUAUAUGUGUGUGUGUGUGUGUGUGUGUGUGUGUGUGUGUGUGUGUGUGUGUGUGUGUGUGUGUGUGUGUGUGUAAAUUGGAGUUGGUGGUGCUUCGGGGGGCAGCAGGUGAUUUCACCAUCCAAGCUCCUUUUAACUAAAUUGUUAAGAUUAUCUGUAUUGUUUUCAGUUGUUCAUCCAGUUUACGAAGGUGCGCAGAAGUGACUCAGGUACAGAGGCUUAAAAAAUGGCUGCUUCUCUAUUUAAAAAAAUGGUUCCAGCAGCUUUUCUCAGACAGGGCCUUCUCUGUAACCAAAUGCUUUUUAGCCCUUGUCAUGACCUCAGUAAACCUCUUUAUACUACAAGCUAAAAUGUUUGUGGUGUCACAUUCUAUUUGUGGUAAAUGGCAAACUGAACUAUAAUGUUAAUGACCCAUUAAAAACUAAAAUAUGAACAAAUGCUUCAACUGUGAAGAUGUAUUACUUAACAUAUUGACUAUACAAAUUAAUAAACCAUGGCAUUGGUUUAAUUAGAAA